AUGCAGGAGCUGCCUGGAGGAAAUGAAACAGCUGGUGCUGCUGCUGCUGCGUCCAAGAGGGGCCAGUCUUCUCCUGUCUUUGGUGCUGGCAACCUUGAAGGUCCGUUUCUCACUAUAAUAGAGCAGCCGAAGCAGCGAGGCUUCCGGUUCCGAUACGGCUGCGAAGGCCCCUCGCACGGUGGGCUGCCAGGAGCAUCUAGCGAGAAAGGCCACAAGACCUACCCGACUGUCAGAAUCUCCAAUUAUGUUGGGCAGGCCAAGAUAGAGGUGGACCUGGUGACUCACACGGACCCUCCUCAGGUGCACGCCCACAGCCUGGUGGGGAAGCAGUGCAAUGAAGCGGGCAACUGCGUGGUGACGGUGGGCCCAAAGGACAUGACUGCGCAAUUUAAUAACCUGGGUGUGCUUCACGUGACAAAGAAAAACAUGAUGGAGAUCAUCAAGGAAAAGCUGCAUAAGCAGAAGAUGCGGAACAGGAUGCAGCCUCCGACAGCAUCGGAGCUGGAGGCGAUUGAGCAGGAGGCCAAGGAGCUGAAGAAGACGAUGGACCUGAGCAUCGUCCGCCUGCGCUUCAGUGCCUACCUUCGCGACAGCAGUGGGGACUUCACGCUCGCCUUGAAGCCCGUGAUCUCUGACCCCAUCCAUGACAGCAAGUCCCCCGGAGCGUCCAACCUGAAGAUCUCCCGGAUGGAUAAGACGGCUGGCUCCGUGCGGGGUGGAGACGAAGUGUACCUGCUGUGUGACAAAGUCCAGAAAGAUGAUAUUGAGGUGCGGUUUUAUGAAGACGAUGAGAAUGGCUGGCAGGCCUUUGGGGACUUCUCCCCCACAGACGUGCACAAACAGUACGCCAUCGUGUUCCGCACCCCGCCUUACCACAAGAGCAAGAUAGACCGCCCGGUCACGGUGUUCCUGCAGCUGAAGCGCAAGCGAGGGGGCGACGUGAGCGACUCAAAGCAGUUCACCUACUACCCGGUGGUGGAAGAUAAAGAAGAAGUGGAACGGAAGCGGAAGAAGACGCUGCCCCAGUUCCCACAGCACUUUGGGGGCGGGGCGCCCAUGGGAGGGGCCGGCGGUGGCGCUGGUGGAUACGGCUCCGGAGGAGCUGGGAAUCCUUGGCACUCGUCUGGCUACAACCCUUAUAACAGCAACGUCUACCUUUCCGGCACCCACCCCCCCGUGGGCGGCUACCAAGGAGGGAGAGGCAUCCAAAUGCCCAGAGCCGCUCUGCUGGACGAGGCAGAAGAUGGGGACCGGCCCUGCGUGGAGGAAAAGAGCUACCUGGAACUGCUGCGGCGCGCUCAGGGUUGCGGGACGUGGAUGCUGAUGCUGGCUCGGCGCAGCGCCCAGGCGCUUCUGGACUAUGCCAUCACUGCCGACCCGCGGAUGCUGCUGGCUGUGCAGAGGCACCUCGCGGCUUCCCAGGAUGAGAACGGAGACACUCCUUUGCACUUGUCCGUCAUCCACGAGCAGACGGCCGUGACCCGGGAGCUGGCCCAGGUGGCCGUCAGCAUCCCCAGCCAGCAGAUCCUCAACAUCGCCAACCAUUUGCAGCAGACCCCUCUGCACUUGGCAGUGAUCACCCAGCAGCCCCGGGUGGCCGCCUACCUGCUGCAGGCUGGGGCCGACCCCACCUUGCUGGACCGCUACGGGAACUCCGUGCUGCACCUGGCUCUGCAGGCAGGGGACCAGGAGAUGCUGAGGACCCUCUCCCGCCACCUGGGCCCCCACCUCCUCCACCUCCUCCUGGAGACACCUAACUACUCUGGCCUUUUCCCCGUGCACCUCGCCGUGAAGCGCAAGAGCCUGGCCUGCCUGGAGCUGCUGGUGGAGAAGGGAGCCGACGUGAAUGCGGGAGAGCGGCAGAGUGGCCGGACGCCUUUGCACCUGGCGGUGGAGAUGGAGGACCUGACACUGGCCUCACACUUGCUGAAGAAGCUGGGGGCUGACGUGAACGCCCGCACCUCUGCCGGGAACACCCCUCUCCACUUAGCAGCCGGGAUGGGCUCCCCGAUUCUGACGAAGCUGCUCAUCAACGCAGGGGCGGACGUUGCGUGUGAGAACGACGAGCCCGUCUUGGCCUCUUCUCCUGGCCCAAGCAGUGAUGCUGAAGCGGAGGAAGAGGAGGAGUGGCUCAUGCAGCUGGGCGAGUCGUGCCCGGGCACGCGGGCAGAAGGGGACGGGCACCACCCCUCGGGCAGAGGCCGUGAGAGCCACGAGCACCCCCCCCUCGGGCCGGGCCGGGGACACACCCCAUUGGACCUGACUCGCAGCCAGAAGGUGAAGGAUAUUUUGCUGGAGGCCUCCCUGCGGAGCCCUGGCCAGACGCCAGAGGCCACCUCUCCGAGCCCAGGGGGGAGCCUCCUGGCCCUGGACAGCAGCAGCCUCCAGAUUGUCGAGCGGCUCCUGAACCGGGACUGCCCCGGUGCCGACUGGCGGGAGCUGGCCAAGAGGUUGGGCCUCUGCAGUCUGGUGGAGACCUACAAAGGUGCCGCUUCUCCCAGCAGGAGACUCCUGCAGAGCUAUGAGCUGGGGGCUGACGUGAACGCCCGCACCUCUGCCGGGAACACCCCUCUCCACUUAGCAGCCGGGAUGGGCUCCCCGAUUCUGACGAAGCUGCUCAUCAACGCAGGGGCGGACGUUGCGUGUGAGAACGACGAGCCCGUCUUGGCCUCUUCUCCUGGCCCAAGCAGUGAUGCUGAAGCGGAGGAAGAGGAGGAGUGGCUCAUGCAGCUGGGCGAGUCGUGCCCGGGCACGCGGGCAGAAGGGGACGGGCACCACCCCUCGGGCAGAGGCCGUGAGAGCCACGAGCACCCCCCCCUCGGGCCGGGCCGGGGACACACCCCAUUGGACCUGACUCGCAGCCAGAAGGUGAAGGAUAUUUUGCUGGAGGCCUCCCUGCGGAGCCCUGGCCAGACGCCAGAGGCCACCUCUCCGAGCCCAGGGGGGAGCCUCCUGGCCCUGGACAGCAGCAGCCUCCAGAUUGUCGAGCGGCUCCUGAACCGGGACUGCCCCGGUGCCGACUGGCGGGAGCUGGCCAAGAGGUUGGGCCUCUGCAGUCUGGUGGAGACCUACAAAGGUGCCGCUUCUCCCAGCAGGAGACUCCUGCAGAGCUAUGAGCUGGCGGGGGGCAGCCUUCGGGGCCUGCUCGAUGCCCUUGACUCGAUGGGGCUGGCCGAGGAAGUGAGGCUGCUGGGGAGGCCGGACACCUCCGUCAAGUCGCAGAGUUCAGAGCUAAAGGAAGACAGCGCUUACGGGAGCCAGUCCGUGGAGGAGGAGGAGGAGGAGGAGGACACCGCCUUGCCUGCCAGGCUGAAGCCAGCCUCAUCCGUGGAUCCGCCGGCUCUGUUGCCGCACACCCAGCAGGAGCAGGUGCACUGAUGUUGGACAAGCAGGGCUCUGCCAGA